AUGGGCGCAUUUGAGGAGAAAGUAAAGAAAAUGUGUGCCGAUCGAGAGCUUCCAGGUGUUAUACUUCUUGCCCGCGAUAUUGGAGCUAACUUCUCCUCGGGACACUUCCAGUACACAGAGACCUUUGGUCACAAGACACCUACAGAGCCAAUGGAUUUAGACUCUACCUUCUGGCUAGCAUCAUGCACUAAACUCCUUACUACCAUUGCUGUCCUACAAUGUGUUGAGAGUGGUCAAAUUGAACUCGAUGAUGAUGUCUCAUCUGUUUUAACGGAAUUGAAAGACAUUGAAAUUCUCACGGGCUUUCAGGACGGAACAGAUACGCCCAUCCUAAAGAAGGCAGAUAAUAAAAUUACUUUGAGGCAUCUCCUUACACAUUCUGCAGGUUUCGGAUACGACCAUGAUGGGAGGUAUCAACGCUGGAGCGCCUCGCGCAUUGCGCUUGGGCAAGAAGAGGAUAAGUCCAUGAUGGGGACCAUUUGCAAACCACUGCUCUUCGAACCAGGAACGAGCUGGGAGUACGGAUAUAGUCUUGAAUGGGUGGGUGUACUUGUUGUGAGACUCAGCGCCAUGUCGCUCGAGGAGUACAUGCAAAAACACAUUUGGCAUCCACUGGGCAUUCAAAAUAUAACUUUCCACCCGGAAAAGAAGCCACAUGUAAAGGAAAAUCUUGUAAAGAUGAGUCGCCGAGUAGGGAACCCAACUUUUGGACUUCCUAUUCGAAAUGAAGAGAAGGUCGAAUGGCUUGACGAAUCUUUCUCUAACACGACACCAGAUGAGUAUGGAGGUGGCGGACUAACCGGUUCUGCCACCGAUUUCAUGAAAGUUCUUCAGUCAAUUAGUAGGAAUGAUGGAAAUCUGUUGGGGUCAGCGACUAUUGACGAGAUGUUUACUCCGCAGAUGACUGGUGCUGCUGCGAAAACAUACCAAGAUGAUAUUGGACUCCCUUUCAUGCAAGAGCAAUUUGCAAGCCACAAAGCGGGCACAAAGGUCAAUUGGGGACUGGGGGGCAUGAUGGUAUUAGAAGACGAAGACACGGGAAGAACAAGGGGGACACUGAGUUGGAGUGGCAUGCCGAACUUGCUAUGGUCGAUCGAUAGGAACGCAGGCUUGAAUCUGUUAUACGCUAGCAAUAUUUUACCCUGUGGCGAUUUCAAGUCGGGCGAAGUGCAGAGGUGGUUCGAGAAGAAAAUGUAUAUGCGCUUUCAAGAAUCUGGUUGGUUUGCACGAGAAUGGAAAGGGACAUAG